AGCCUCGCUGCUCCGCGCGGAACUUGGACUCCCGGAAUAGUCUCGCGGCGCUGUAAAACUUUAUCGUCGAGCGCUAGCCGAAAUCGGACCGAUCUGGUGGACCGCGCGACAGGCAGGACGACUCGUGUUCGUCGCGCUUCUCGUAGCUCCCGUUUGCAGCGAAAUCUCCACGGGGCUUUCUUAGAUCGAUUCGCUAGAGGCACGUUUCUUGUUCCUCGAUGGAAGUGGACACGGAGAACGUCGCGAUGGACGAAACGGACGCUCUAAUGAGGGCCGACGACGGCGGCGGUGUCAUCAGCAGUAACGUCAACGAUGGAGCGCCCACCGUCGAGGAAACUUAUGAGAUUACCACCACCAGGCGUAAAACCAUCCGCACCAGCUACAAGAUCCAGGAGACUUCUUCGUCGACCAAGACAACCACUAUGACGACAGCGGCCAAGUUGUACGGCAAGGAUCUGAGCGAGUAUGAUGACAUUGACGUGGAUCAACUACUGGCGGAGCUUACACCGGAGGAGCUCAAUAUAUUGGCCAAGGAAGUGGAUCCUGAUGAUAGUUUUAUGCCGCCUUCGCAACGUUGCAGUUAUGAAUGCAACAAGAGCCCUACAGGGCCAUUAAAUCGCAAGAAGCUCAUCGAGCAUAUCAACAAACAAGCUUUAGAGACACCUGAUAUUCCAGAACUGAAGCCAUAUGUACCUGGUGUAAUUAGGGGCAAGAAAUGGAUACCUCCGCCACAAGACAACACGAAGGAAAAGGAGGCAGACGAGCAGAUUGCGAUAGAUCUUGGUGAAGAGUAUGAACAAGCGCUUUCGGCCGCCACACAAGAAGAAAUCAUUGAUCUUGCUGCUAUUCUUGGAUUCCAUUCUAUGAUGAAUCAAGAUCAGUAUCACGCAUCUCUACUGAAUUCUGGGCAGCCAGUCGGGCUCGGUUGGGACGGUGUGACAAAGGCUAGUCAACCGAAAAUUUAUCCGAUGGAACCGCCUAAUGACACAGAUGUUGACGCUACCAUUAAACAAGUGCGAGACGAUGAUUCCUCUUUAACUGAUUUAAAUUGGAAUAAUAUUAAAAAUAUUUCGGACGAAAAAUUCAUGCAGUUGUUCGAAGGUUUGGAAAUGAAUACACAUCUCGAAUCGCUAAGUUUAACCAACGUUGGACUCAAUGACAAGACCGCGCAACGGCUAGCCGAUGCCGUAGAGAAGAAUUCGACACUCAGAGUACUCAACGUGGAAACAAAUUUCAUAAGCCCGCCUGUGAUAGUAAGGCUGAUCAGAUCCCUUCUUAAAACAAAAUCAAUCGAAGAAUUCCGAUGUUCGAAUCAGAGGUCACAAGUAUUGGGUAACAAAAUUGAGAUGGAAAUCACACAAUUGGUAGAACAAAACCCGACGUUGUUGCGACUCGGGUUGCAUCUGGAGUUCAAUGAUGCUAGACAUCGCGUAGCUGCGCAUCUGCAACGCAACAUCGAUAGGAUUUGUCGUGUGGAACCUAUGGAACGAGCUAAGCUUGUAGCGAUCGCUGGUGGUUCUGCAACUUUCACCGUUCUUCCCGCAGAUGACUUAAAAAAUAGAGCGUAGCGCUGUUGCAGCGCAUACGGCAGUCCCGGCUCGGGGUGGCGACAUCUUAACGCGAAGUGGCGUUCGCCUAGGUAUUAUUUGUACAUAUAUACAUAUACAUAUCUAUAUAUAAUGCACACCACAAAUAUAUUAUGUUAUAUAAAUAUCGUACACUUCCUCCGCACGUCGACCGAUCUUAUUGCCGCUAUGUCAUCGCUUUAGAGGCUUAACCCACUUAUCCUGUCGUUUACGCGACUGCUAAGAAAAUUAUUGUGUCUCUGUGCGAGGAAAUGCGAACGAAAGUGGGACGGCGAUGGCGAGAUGAGAAACUGCACGUCUAUCUUACUUGACUCCCUGUUCGUUGUAUGUAUACGACAAUAUAUGACGACGCCUGUAGCUUCAAAUCUGAGAGUAUCCGCACGGGACUUCGACUCUCGAUUCUCUACGCGCUAAAUUGAUCAGUCCUUAAGAAAAAUGUAUUGCGAAUAUUUACGGAUGCAAAUAAAGUGGAAUAUACAAUACAAAUAACGAAAUCGAGAAGAAUCGUGAAAUUCCUCUUCGAAUGUUUAAACUCUCUUUAAAUUGCAGCUCGAAUCAGCUUGUUCGGCAAUAAUAGUUGCGAAACUUUCUCGACGAUCGUUCCCACUUACGACGCGAUCGAGUACCGAGCGUCUCGUGAGAUGACCGCACAGUGCUGACUUCGGGAAUGAAAUUUGCAUAGGAUGGACGACUCUAGAGGCAACAUUGGCAACGUUGACGUUGGGAUGCCGUGCUUGGCAAUCGUCGAGAUCGAAACGCGCAAU